AUAUAUACAUAUAAAUAAGUCAUAUUAUUAUUAGUCUUGUUAUCACUAUUAUUUGCACGAUUAUUAUAAUAUGGUGUGGUGUGUUCCCGGUGGCGGUGGAUGUUAUCGCGGGAUCCUUAAAUCAUCACCCUCCCUCAAUUCAGCCCGCGAGGUAAUUGAUGCACCACUACAAGACUACGUUCCACUGCCGCCACCACCGGGAGGGCUCGUUACUGCCAGAACACCAAAGUGCGAUCAAAAAUUUGUGAGUACUCCUGACGGGCCGCUGAACGGGACAUUUCACGCACCGACGUUGAUCAAUCCUGAAGGAGAGCCGCGACAGUGCGUUUACACAUUUCUUGCAGGGCCGCGUCAGCGUGUCGAAUUGAUUUUCACCUUGUUUGGCCUCCGGGGAAAACCGCCAGAUGGAUCUGCUGUGGGAGAGUUACCUGCGUAAGUAUUGAUUAAUUUUAUAU